AUAAGCUCCAGAAAAUAACUUACGAGAUCAAGUUCCAGCAGUCACCCGAUGGUGGUUCUAUCUCUAAGGUGACCAGCAAAUACUACACAGAUGGUGAUUUUGCACUCGAUGAAGAGGAAAUCAAGGCAGGCAAGGAAAAGGUUUGGGCAAUGUACAAGGUUGUCGAAGCCUAUCUCCUUCAAAAUCCCGAUGCCUAUGCCUAA